GUGAAGCGUUGUACUUCCGGGGCAUACUACUUUGUGCACGUUUUCAUCCAUUCCGUGCUAACAACUCCCCACAAUUUCUUGUUUUACUUUAAUUAUUUGAAAUAAUUAUGUGGUUUGCAGAGGCGGAAGAAGUUGUUGAAGUAGUAAGAGGACAUUUCCCGUGGACAUGUCUUCUCUUAGUUCCGAUUUUGAUCGCAAUUUCGCCCGUACAUGGGGCUCAUGACUUCACCGCCUAUCGAAUGCAGCAGUUCGACUUGCAAGGGACACAGUACGGCUGUCGUAACACCUUGGUCAACCUUGAAGCUCGGCCCAUUUCAGCCAAGAUGGUUACCAGGAGGUGCGUCCUAGCCAAGCUGUCUGAGAUGACCGCUGACCGAUACAAGGAGCUCAAAGAGCAGGGAGCAGGAGCACUGGUCAUCUUGCUUCCUGAAUCCUUGAAUUCUUCACCGCAGGAUGUACUCAAUCAAUGGAUGGAGUUAGAGCCUCUCAUGUUGGAGCAGGAGGCCAACAUGCCAGUCUACUUUGCAACAGAGGAUGACGAGCUGCUGUCCAUUCACAGUGACAUCCAGCAAGCGGUCAGUGGUGACCAGGCACCUUCAGCUGCUCAGGCGCUUCUGAGUGCAGUGUAUGCCAAUGGGUUCCAGAUGGUUGUGUCUGGAUCUCAGGCUAAACCUGUCAAGGAUGGCCAUAUCAUCAGCUUCCAGGGCCAGCUAACAGGGAAGGGUGUAGAGGAUCAGCUACCAACCUUGGCUGUAGUGGCUCAUUACGAUGCCUUUGGUGCUGCUCCACAUCUGUCUCACGGAGCAGACUCUAAUGGAAGUGGAGUUGUGGCCUUGCUAGAGCUAGCGAGACUCUUCAGUAAGCUCUAUACCAGCUCUAGAACCCAUGCCAAGUAUAACCUGCUGUUCUUCCUGUCUGGAGGAGGCAAGUUCAACUACCACGGCACCAAAAGGUGGAUAGAAGAUCAGCUAGAGAGUCAGGAGUCAUCUCUUUUGAGUGAUGUAUCGUAUGUACUGUGUCUGGAUACCAUUGGUGCUGGUGAUGAGCUGUACCUCCAUGUCUCCAAGCCUCCCAAGGAGGGCUCAGAAUCUCACCAACUUCUGCAGGAGCUUGAAGCCAUCACCAAGUCUGUGAACCCCUCGAUGAAGUUCAGCAUGGUCCACAAGCGCAUCAACUUGGGUGACGAUUGGUUGGCUUGGGAGCAUGAGAGGUUCAGCAUGCAGAGACUCCCAGCAGGGACCCUGUCCCAUCUCUCUUCCUACGACAGUGCCUCUAGGUCUACCAUUACUGAUGACAUCUCCAGGGUAGAUUCCAGCAAACUUGCAAGGAACGUGAAGAUCAUCGCUGAAACCCUAGCUCAUCAUAUAUUUGGCAUAGGGUCCUCAGAAAUGGAGGUCUUUGUUGAUGGCUAUGAUGUCAACAAGGACUCGAUAGAUUCGUGGAUCAAGUAUUUAUCAUCAGAGCCUAGGUCAGCCCAGCUGCUCACCAAAGACGAGCCGUUACUGAAUACGCUACAGAGCGCCCUCUCCAGGUACCUCAAAGACGUCAAGCGACUAACCAUCAAAGCAGACAAGAGGGAGCCUGAGUACGUUUUCUAUGACGGUCUCAAGUUUACUGUGCAUGCUUACAAUGUAAAACCAGCUGUGUUUGACCUCUUCCUGGCUGCAGGCAUAGCUAGUUAUCUUGGGCUCAUCUAUCUUGCAGUACAAAACUUCAGCAUGCUCAGGGACACCGUGAGAAGCUACGUCGCUAAGAAACCCAAGAUACACUAGUCAACAAUGGUGCUCUAUACAGCUUUGUAUGAUUAUGACAGUACACUUUGUCUGUUCAAGGCCAGAAGGGUGUUAACUCCUCUUUGUAUUAAACAGUAUGUGAGUUUACGUCCUUCUGGCUGCAAACAGAUGACUUCUUUUUUCUAUAUGUCUUUUGCAUUAUCUCAAGUGAAUGAACUUUUGAUUACACUCGACUGUAUGUAAUAAUGAGGUAUUAUUAUGGCUUGUUCACAUAUGGUACAGGAAACGGCAUAAAUGACUGACAAAUGAGGAAGUAUGUUAUCACCAUGCAGCAAAGGUUUUUACACGUACUCACCAUCUCGGGUGGGGGGGGGGGGUGUUUGUCUUAAUACAGUAUACAGGGAUGCACCGCCCUAAUGGGUCACUGUUUUGCGAAAUGAAAUAUCCCUAAACUUGAGGUAUGACUAUGUGUUGACAAAUCUUGAAAAAAAUAGCCCAUAUUUUAGAUCUUGGUCUCAAACAUGGGUUUCGUUUUUUUCUUCACAAUAAUCCCUCACUCAUAAUCUCGCUAAAGUGCAAAUUCCAUAUUCAGAAAUAAUUGAAAUCAUCAUCCAAAGUCUGAAUAAGGGUACCCUCUUCUGUCAAAAUGGGUGUGGAUUUUGAGGCGUCAGCUUCACACACUCCCGGCUAAACCAAAUCUAAGUACCCACCCCCCCCCCCCUCCCUCUGGCACUAUCUGUGUGUUAUGAGUUAUAGAAAUGAUGUAAAGCGUGUUGAGCUUACAACAUAAAGUAAUCACAGCUGUAUACCAGGCCGUAUGUGAGCGAGCCUUCAUUGUUCACUUUGAAUGUAUCUGUGCAAGGUUAUGGGGUAAUGAUAUAAUUACAGAGCUUUCUUGUAUGUUGUACGGAGAUGGGAACAAUGGUUGAUUGUUGUUGGGUAAUAAGCUAAGUUUAGCCAUGAACGUGCACACUAAUAAGGGAAAUAUUGUUUAAAAUGAAGCAAGGCAAGGAAAAGGUCCUCGUUGAUAUUGUUGAUAUCAAAAUGACGUCCAUGUUGAACUUUCAGGGUAUUAGAUUAAUGUGCAAUUAAUUUGAAUAGACAUUUUAAUUGUAGACAAAAUAGAGUUCAGUUGCACUUUCAUAAUUGCGAAUAUUUGUGAACUGUAAUCCUGCAGGAAAUUGGUUAAAAUGAUCAUGUGAAAAGGUUUAAUUUGUAUCGCCUUGCAAAGGUCUGGUUAGUAAAAACCUUGAACAAAAUGAAUGAGAAAAACUGCUGAGGAAUUACUCUGAAAAUGAAAAAUGAAGUACUAAGUAAUAUACAUCGGACUAAAAUAGACAAAUUUUCAAGGCAUUGGAUGUAACAAAUCUCCGAUAACAUGAUAUUCGCUACUGCAAAGGCAUAUAAUUUAAUCAAUCAUUUAGAUAAUUUACCUGUGUACACUUAAUCAGAUUGUUUUCUGAAUGUAAUUGUUAAGUCAGGCAACAUUUCUUAUUAUUUUUGUAUUUUUGUUCACCACAGAAUAGUAAAUUCAUGAGAAUUAUGUCAUGUGCUAAUGUGAGUUAGCUGAAGUGGACAAAAUUCAUUUUUGCAGAUAUCAUUUCUGCGUUGGAAUUACAUGUAGUGUCUGUUAGGAAUUUGAAGUGGAAAUGUCCUAUCACUAUUAUCAUAAAUGCAUGACUUUUCUUCCCGUCUUGACAUGUCGCUGAACACCGUAUAGGCUGCAAGGAUGAAUUCAUGCAAGCUAGUAUUAGGGUCUUUUAGGUUUGCACGUCGACAUAGUGGACUGCUACGUGUGACGUCCUUUAAGGCAAUGUGACGUCCUUUUAAGGCACUGCCAGUCCACUAUGUGGACGUGUAUAUCUAUAAGUCCCUAGUAUCAGACUUCAGAGACCCAGAUGGUGCCACUGUUAUUUCCUUUACCUUUUCUAAGCCUUUGUUUGAUAAACUUAUAUUGCAUGGUUCUUGACAAAAAUGCAGUUAAGUGCUUUUGUUAGUUACCGGUAUCUAAAGAGGUUACUUACUACUAGUCCUGAAGUACCCUAAAUGUCUGAAGAGUUUUGGUAAACUAUUCAUGAUUUUUUUUGUUGCUCUUUUCAGUGUGAAGGAAGGAGCCGUUUCUUUUUGAUAUACAGUAUCGUGAAUGUGACAAGUGUGAAAAUGAUUUUGUAGAACAGAACUGAGGUCUUUUUUCAUAAGUGAAAGCAAUAUUUGUAAUUGGAAUUGUUAAUCAAUAAACUCAUUGAAAAGUUUGAUUUGUGAAAAUAUUGGAAAA